UAUCCCAUCUUUAAAAGUAUUAUAUUUUAAAAAAUUAUCUAAGGCAACUAAGCUUUUAGCUUGCAGUGAGGGGCAGAAGAACAUAGCCAACAGUGGGGUAGUGGAUGGUUACGGAAGUGUCCACACACAAACGAUGCUGCUUCCGUGAGCUUAAUAUCUCCUGGCUACUUCUCAUGAUACUGUAAAUAAUAUUGUCAUUCUCUUGUCCAGAGAUAGUUGCAAGUUGACCAGAGGUCUACGAAGUAUCCUUAAAGCUGUCCUUCCUUCUCUUGAGUUUGCUUGUCUAGUGCUCUCUGAGUCCUAAACUCCCUCUAGUGUGCCAUACACUUCUCUUUAUACUUAACAAAUCAAGGACUUCACAUAUGAGGGGUGUGUGUGUGUGUGUGUUGUCCAUGUCACUUUGGAAAGCCAGACGAUGCUGUAUCUCCCUGCUGUAGCAGAGGUCCUUUCUGGACUCAGAACUGCCCUUCCCUCGGAGCCUUCUAUGGAUGGCUGCAUUGAUAGAUGGAAUCUCCCCAGGGAGCCUUAUGGACCAGCCCUCUGUCUGUUACCAUGCAGCACGACUGUAAUUUAUAGCCACAGAUGGCGACUUCCACCUCAUCACCCCCUACUUAUCUUCAGCAGACAUUUACCUCUGCCUUUUUAAAAAUAAUCUGUACUAUUUGCAAAUGACUAUACACAACCGUUCCUAUUUAUCAAAAUACACUUUAAAAUGACGUUUCAUCAGAACAUGAAGAAUAUUAUGCAUUGUAGAAACAAAUAGGCAAACUUUCUAGUGGGAUUUUCACUGUGGAAAUGAAAUAUUAAGGCAAAUAUUCAAGUCAGGUUCUUGAAUUUUGAUGGGGGAGUGUCAGCUCUUCUUGGGUGGGUGUGGUCAGUGCUGGGGGGACUUGGGGUGUUUCUGCCACCACUGAGUUACACCCUUAGCCUCUGAGGAUCACCCAGAGCUCAAGGAUAAAAACUACAAACAAAUGAAGCAGUCGGAGAUUUGUCUCCCCCGACUGUGGCUUGAGCCCUCAUGGAUUAAACCAGGGCUUCACAGAGCUGCUGUCUCAGAAUCUCUUGCCGUGUGCCACCUUUCUGGAACUUAGGAAUGUGUCACCUGAUCAGGAGAGGUACUUGGGAAACGUGCACUGUAUUUGAGAUACCCCUCUGCUCUGCCAUCCUUCUCACUUGGGGCACAUCUCUGAAAGGAGGCUCUCUUGGAAGAAACAGGAACGGCUCUUCCUUGAUCUUACUUGAAAGUCUUUAUGUUGAUCCGAAGAAAGCACCGGUCCAAUUCUGGGAAUUAUUUUUACAUGUUGCUAGACAGUAUUUUUAAUUUUUUUUGCCCACUAAUUUUUACUUCAUUGUUUUGAGCUUUUAGUUAUAUUUUUCUUAACUUCUUUAUUAUGCUGUGCCUAUUUUUGUUAGCAGCUUCAAAUAUUAUUGAAGGCCAAGUCUAGGUGUCUUCUCUUAAUGUUAUUUUUAAUUUAAAUCCUUUCAGAAGCCAAGCUUAUUUUAUUCUGUCUUACAAUAAAAAAAAUCAUCACUGUUGAGUAUUAGUAUCUAGUUGUAAAUCUUUUUGAACUCUUAAGCUGCACAUUGUGAAAUACAGACAGCAUUAAUUACACCGGAUGUCGGGGCCAGGUGAUGUCUGGACGUCUUGCUGUGUAAUUUAAUCCUGGGUGCUGUGUUGUUUGGCUACACUGGACUCUCCGUGAGCAUAUGUAAUUAAGUGCACAUGUGUAAAAAAGCAGGGUCCCCAUAGGAAGGAGAGGGAGAGAGAUCAUUAGCAGGGAUUAGAUGUGUCUCUCCAGCUGGGCAGUAUGCCUCUGCACUCCAAGGGCUUUCCCAGUGUGAAUUAUGAGACUGGCUCAGCUGCCUCUCUGCUCCCCUCUGAUUGAACUGCAUUUACUAAUGCUGUUAAGCUGUGUCCCCAGAGACAGCACACCCUGAGGUACCAGAUAUAGAUCAUGCAUGCAAAAAGAAUGAGGAACCUAUGGUACAUAGUCUUCUCAGAUCAAAGAUUGAAUGGCAAAAUGGAAAUUUAAAAAAAAAAAGCCGCGGGCAAAUUUUAUGUAUAUACAUGGGGCUUUGGGAAGAGUUGGUAGAUGGAAAUAAUUCCUGUCUAGCUAAAACAGAUAGUAAUUAAUCAAAGGAAUGUAGUUCAAAUCUGUUGAGACUAUCUGCCGGUCUGCUGCUCCCCUGAAAUUCUAAAGACUAGUGAAUAAAUCCCACUCUGAAUCAAGUCUUAUGUCCAUCUUCCUGAUUGAUGAGGUCCUUUGGUAGAGAUGGUACGUUAAGAAUUAUGAAACCACGCACCCUUUUAGUAUGGCAUGUCAUACAAUAACAAAAGUCUGACCUAUCAAUUGGCCGAAUAGAAAUUAUAGCUGCAGUAAAUGUUUUAGGGGUUUCAUUGACAACUAGGGACACAUAUACUAUGCUGCUGUCAUUUUAAAAGGCGUGGCAGGGAAAUGGGAAUAUUAAUUAUGGUCAUUUUGUAGUGUACAUAAAUAACAAGGCAUCACAUUAUACGCCUUCUGUCUGCAAGAUUAUUUUUGUCAGAAGUAUAACUUUUGCUAACCCAGUGAAGCUGGAAAACAAAGAGGCCCGGUGUCUUUCCCCGAUGACUUACCUAAAAAAGACCAGCAUGCCACAGAUAACACAGACAUUGUAACUAAAGAAUUGUUUUUAAGCUUUUUCCAAAGCCAUGCACAGUUUUUUGUAGUCUGUUGACAAGCGUUGAAGUCAUUGUAUCUGAUCAUUGAAGCCAGCAUUAGUGGCACACACCUUGAAGGCCAGCUGAAGCAGGUAGAUCUCUGACUUUGAGGAUAGCCUGGUCUACAGAGAAAGUUCCAAGGACAGCCAGGGCUACACAGAGAAAUUCCGUAUCAAAAAAAGAAAGGAAUGAAGGAAAGAAGAAAUUAUAAUAUAAUUACAUCAUUCCUCCUUCCUUCUCCCUCCUACAGACCUCCUCAUGAACUCCCCUUGCUGUUUUUCAAAUUCAUGGUUUCUUUUUUUUUUUUUUAAUAGUUUUGGUGGUGGUGGUGUGUGGUUUUAGUUUCAUGAAGUGCCCCUUGUCAAUUGUUGGCCUUAAUUCUUGGACCAAUGGAGUCCUGUUCAGGAAGACCUUGCAUCUGUAUCCUGUAGAAUACUGCUUGGGUUUUCUUCUAGCGACUUCUGUGUUUCACAGUUAGGUCUUUGAUCCAUUUGAAGGUAGUUUUUUCUCAAGGUGAUGGAUGAUACAGGUCUGAUUUCAUUCUUCUGCAUGUGGCCAUCCAGUUCCCCAGGACCAUUUGUUGAUGAUGCUCUUUCCUCCAGGUUGUUGUCUGAGUCUUAGUCAAAUAUGAAUGGCUGAAGUUACAUGUGCUUAUGUCUGAGUCUUCAUGUCAUGGUUGUGCCAACACCAUAUUGUUUUUGUUACUCUGUCUCAGUAAUGUUUCUUAUGAUCUGGAAUUGUAAUCCCUCCAGCAUCGUUCUCUUUGCUCAGGAUUGUUCUGUCUGUCUGGGGACUUUUGUGGAUCCACGUGAGGACAGCUUUUUUUUCUAUUUUUGUCAAGAUGGGAUGGGGAUUUUGAUUGAGAUUGCAUCAAAUCCAUAAACGGCUUUUGGUAAAAUUGUCAUUUAUGCAGUAUUAAUUCCACUGAUCCAUGAACAUGGGUUUUUUUUCCCACUUUCUAGUGUCUUUCCUAUCUCUUUCUUCAGAGGCUGGAAGUUUUCAUGGAGAGGUCCUUCCUUCCCUUCCUUGAUUAUGUUUAUGCCUAGAUAUGGUAUUUUCUUUUAGGUUAUUGGGAAUGAGACUGUAUUCACAAGCUCCUUCUCUGUAUUGGUGGUGGUGGUGAUGAUGGUGUAUAGAAAGCCAUCGAUUUGGGCAAGCUGAUUCUUCCAGACUGCUGCAUUUGUUCUCUGGUAGAAUUGUUGGGAUCUCAUGUCUAGUACCAUGACAUCUGCAAAUAGAGAUAGUGUGAAUUCUUUUUUCUUUCCCUAUUGGAACCUUGUCAUUUCCUUCUCUUGUCUUACUGCUCCGGGAUCCCUGUGAGCACAGCAUUGGAAAGGAGUAGUAGGGCAGUGGGCAGCAUAGUUUUGUUCCUCAGUUAAGGGCCCUGCUUCAGGCUUUUCUCCAAUUAGGAUGGCGUAGCUGUGGGUUUUCGUAUUUAUCCUUUAUUAUGUUGAGGUGUGUUCUUUCUAGUCCUACAUUCUCUAGGACUUUUAUCAUGAAGACAUGUUGGAUGUUGUCAAAGGGCUUUUCUACAUCUAUUGAGAGGAUCAUAUGACUUUUUCCUUUAAGUCAAUUUGUAUGGUAGAGGGUAUAUUACAUUUAUUGACUUGAGUUUAUUGAACCAUCCCUGUAUCUCAGAGAUAAAAGCCAACUUUGUCAUGGUGGAUAACCAUUUUUGAAGUAUGUCUGCAUUCUGUUUGCAAAUAUUUUAUUGUCCAUCAAGUAUAUUGACUUGUAGGUUUUUUUUUAUUGCCAUGUCUUUAUCUGGUUUUUGGUACUAAAGUGAUACUGGCUUCAUAUAGGAGUUUAGGAGUGCUCCCUCUGUUUCUUUUUGUUUGGUUGGUUGGUUGGUUGGUGUGUUUUGUUUGAGUAGUUUAAGGAUUUCGUAGUCAAGUGGUGAUGGCCCAAGCCUUUAAUCCAAGCACUUUGAAAGCAGAGCAGAUAGAUCUCUGAGUUCAACACCAGCCUGGUCUCGAGUGAGUUCCAGGAUAGCCAAGACACAGUGAAACUCUGUCUGGAGAAACAAACAACAGCAACAAAGAGAUUGGCUGUAGAUCUUCUUUAAAAGUCUGAUAGCAUUCUGCUGUGGAGUUUGUUUUUUUUUUUUUUUUUUUUUGUUGUUGUUGUUGUUUUUAGUAGAAGGCUUUUAUUGCUAUUUAAAUCUCCUCAUCUGUUAUAGGUCUGUUUUAGGUUGUAUCAUGCAGUGAUGUAUUUACAUUUGCAUGUGCCCACCCUUCCUCCCUCCCUCCCUCCCUCCCUCCCUUCCUUCCUUCCUUCCUUCCUUCAUUCCUUCCUUCUGUGGACACUUAGAGCUAUGACUGUUCUUUGAAGCAGGACUCUUAACAUGCCCCAGAGGUUCUGUUGUGUUGUGUUUUCAUUUUCAAUUUUUAUUUCUUUCUUGAUUUCUUCUUUGACCUAUUCAUCAUUCAACAAUGAGUUACUUAAGGUUUUUGUGGUUUUGCCCAGAUGACCUUUCUAUAGAAAGCAGGAAGUUGAAAUCAUUAAUGGGUUGAUGUUACUGUCUUUAAAUUCAGUAGUGCAUUUUUUUAUCAAGUGGGACUCACUGGGUUUGGUACAUAUAAGUUUAGGAUAGUAAUUCCUUGUUGGUUAACUGUCCCCUUGUUGGUUAACUGUCCCCUUGUUGGUUAACUGUCUCUUCAUCUCCUCUGAUUAGUUUUAGUUUGAGGUCUAUUUUGUUGGAUCCUAGAAUAAAGAUACCUAGGUUCUGGUUCCAUUAUAUGGAAGUAUUUUUGCCCAUCCUUUUACUAUAAGCUAAUAAGUAUUUCUUGCAGGUGACAAAUAGGUGGUGUUUUCUUGGUCUAUUCAGUCAGACUAUGGCUUUUGGUUAGAGAAUUGAGGCCACUGAUAACUAAAGUUAUUAUUGAAAGUUGUGUGUUAGUCACAGUUAUUAUGCUGUUGAUUUUACUCUGCAUUUUAGUAGUUAUUGCUUUAUAUUUCUCUCCUGUCUCAUGGCUAUGCUUAUUCUUCUCUUGAGCCUGAAAUAGGUUUCCUACAUUUUGUUCAAUGUUGGUUUGCGGUAUAUAAAAAGAUUUGGCUGUUUAGUCCUGGUGAUUUUUCUUUUUUUACUCACUGAAGUAAAUAGUUUUGCUGGGGAAGUAGUCUAGGUUGGGAGUCAUGGCUACUUCAGUUUCUUCUGGCUUUCAAAGUUCCCAUUGGGAAUCACCUGUUGUUCUGAUGAGUUUUCAAUGCCCUUUCUUUGUUCUGUAUAUUAAUAUUUUAACUAUGGCAUGCCAUGGGAAUCCUUUUGGUCUGGUGAAUUUGGUGUUCUGUGUGUUUCUUAUAUCUGUGUGGCCAUGCCUUUCCUUAGAUUUGGAAAGUUUUCCUCGUGAUUUUGUUGCAGACCUGGACUAUGCCAUUGACUUGUGAUGCCUCUCUCUCCUCUAUGCCCGUAAUUGGAAAGUUUGGUCUUUUCACAGCGUCCCAGAUUUUCUGUGUGUUCCUUUCCCGUGUUUAAAAAACAUUUUCGUAUCCUUGGCUUAUUUUGUCUAGAUUUCCUACUUAGUCUUUGAAUUCUGAUAGCCUGUAUUCUGCAUGAUUUAUUUUUCUUGUAAGGAUUUCCUUGAGUUUUCUAGUUGGCUUAUUGGGCUUUCAGGGCUCUCUUCAUUUCCGCUGUGUCUUCUUCAGUGCUCCUGUCUUGUCGCUGAGUUCCAUCCUUGGUUCUAGAUUGUCGUUAUUUCCAUGAGCUUGUGUCUGUGUGUCCUUGAGCAUCAUUCAGAUAUUGUCCUCUCUCAGGUCAUUAAGCUGUUCUGUUGUGUCAUUCUCAAACCAUUGAAUCCUUUGAUAAACUUUAUAAUUUUUUUAAGUUCUCUGUCCCAAGGUUCAUCUAGGUGUUUCUCCUUGGCAAACAUCUCUAGAGGAAUGGUGUGUUUGGGGGUGAGAGGAGAUACUGCCUUGAUUGCUCAUGAUGUAUGUAUUUCUUCGAUGAGUAAUUUCAAGGCACAUGGUCUUCUUUUGUUAGUUAUGUGUCUGAUAGGGUUCGGGCAGGUUGGGGCAUCAGAGAGUAUUUGCAGGUGAGCUUGGGCCUUGAGGCUGAGAUGGCAUAAGUGACGUAAAGACAAAUGGCUUUUCUAAGCACUGUUGGGUCUGAUGGCCAGUGAUUGAGCAAUAUCAGACACCCAGACAGAGGAAAAUCAAGUUGGCCAAACAAGUACAAUAGAGCAAUUGUUAUUAUUGUGGAACAAUUCUUUACUUUGCAGAUAGAUUUAGAAGCAAUGUGUCAUGUAGUUACUGUGGGUGAUAGAGUUGUUGAACUUUUGAAAAAUAUCCUCUAGGGCCUGUAGAGAUGGCACAGUGUUUAGCAGUGUUUGCUGAUCUUCCAGUGAACCCCAGUUCAGUUUCCAGCACCCAUGUCAGGCAGCUCACAACCACCUACAACUGGCCACCAAGGGUACCCAAACACACAUGGCAUGUGCCGACAUAUACAUACACAUAAAUGAAAAUAAAAUAAAUCUCUUUUAAUGUUCAUAUGGGUGCUAGAGAGACAGCUUAGUCACUAAAGUACUUGCCACACAAGCUUAUGUUUCUGAUUUUGGACUCCACUUCCACGUAAAGCACUGGGCGUGUGGCAGCACAUACCUGUCAUCCCAGUGACAAAUAAGGUGGAGGGCGACUAUGGAUUAUACUAGAGUUGACUUCUGCCCUCCACUUGCAUGUAAACACAUAUACACAUAAACAUAUACACAGGAGUGCUUAUGUUCACUUAUUAAACAUUGCUCUUACAGUGGGUUCAAGUUAUAAUUCCAGAGGAAAGUGCUGAUGGUGUCUCUAAAUUCUACCCUUAAUAAAACUAAUCUUUGUGUUGAAAGGCUACAUCCUAUUUCCACUCACAGAUAGUCUGUUGUUCUGCAUCUGUUCUUUUCAUCAGAGCCACCACGUGCACUUGUCUGCAGGACACAUCAAGAGCAAAUAGGAAUUCCUGACAGCCUCCCUGUUGCCAUCCUUUGAGUGGGUGGAGCUCAUGAAGGACUCUUUAAUAGUGUACAGUCUUGGCUAUGUUGGGAAUAGAAAUGGAAACUCCCCCAAUGAAUAAAUCAUAGGUAUGGACUAAAUAAUUAAAUUAAAUUGUAGAUAUGGUUGACUCCCUAGCACCAAGUCUAAUCCAUAUUCUAAAAUGAAAAAUUAUUGAUUGUUGCCAAUUUCAAAUUUAGAUUCUUGGUAAAGUUCAAAAUGUUCUAUCCUGUUUUCCAAAGCACUGUGUGUACUGAGCCAGUGCUUAAAAGACUUAAAAGGCAGCGGGUUGAUUGUUCCAGGCCAGCAUGGGCUACAUAACAAGGUCAUAACGUGUUAGGAUACAGUUGUGGUCUUGGUUUCUGGCUGCAGAAGUGGGGUGGCCUGUGCUCAGCUCCUGUGUUUAACACUUAGCUGACAGUGGGUGGUUGAAACAGUGUGCACUCCAGCUUGUUUAUUAAGCAUUGUUAGGGAUAACACGAGGAGUAAACAGGAAAACCAGUUUAGGGCUGUGAUAGACACAGACUUCUGCUAGCAUUAGCUUCUGUUGUUGUCGUUCUUUCUUUCUCUCUCUCUCUCUCUCUCUCUCUCUUUCUUUCUUUCUCUUUUUUUGAGGCAUAGAGCAUGCCCAGAGCCUUGGACAUGCUGGGCAAGAACUACAUUACUGAGUUAGAGCCCCAAACCAGUUACUAUUAUUGUGAACAUGCUGUGCACAGAUAAGGAACUACUUAUGAUCCCGUGUGUGCGUAAAGUUCGCUCCAUGAAGUGAAACAUCCCAUUACACCUGGGCCUGUAUUUAGUGCUGAGCCAACUAGCAGGGAGGGGCAGGGCACACAGGGUACUGAGGUAAAUAAGACCUGAAUUUUCGCAUAGUGAGUUCACACAUUUAUCAGAAUUAAUGGUUUCUCCUGAGAAACAGAAGCCAUAGUACUCCUGUCUCUUUCAACAGUUUAAAAUUCCAGCGUUUCCAAGCAACAAAGGGCCAGCAACUGAGCAAAGGUGGCGGGAGACCCUUACCAGCCUCCUGCCUCCCAUGUCCGUGCGGGAUCACAGAGCUCUGUACAUCAUGUACACCCUGGCGCUGGCGUGGCACUGCGUGGGCUGCAUUCACCUCUACUUCAGUUAGACUUCACUGCCCAACAGAGCAAUCAGAACGCCUGGCCGUGAUUGGAUGAGAGAAUCUCAUGAUGUAAUUUCCUUCUUUUUCCACUUGUCCAGGGUCAUGCUGUUCUUAAUGGCAAUGCCAGCAGUGCUUUUUAAAUAUGUUUUUUGAGAUUAUAAUGAUAUCAUUUUCCUCUCUCCUUUCCUCCUGUCAAACUCUGCCAUGUAUCCUGCCCACUUACUCUCUUUAAAAUUCAUGGCCUCUUUUUCCUUUCUUGUUGUUACACACAUGCCCACUUACACAUACAUGCAUGCAUGCACGCGCAUGCGCGCGCGCACACACACACACACACACCAAUAGGCUGACUAUUGUGCUCCUCCCUGGGGAGGGCUGUUUCUCCCACUCAUCAUUGAUUAGAUGCCUGUAGUAUAUCUCUAUCUCUAUCUCCAUCUCCAUCUCCAUCUCCAUCUCCAUCUCCAUCUCCAUCUCCAUCUCCAUCUCUAUUCAUUCCUCAGGAGCCUCAGGAGCUUCCCUCCUUCCAUAUUAGCUUGUCUUUGGCAUCAUCCUUGUUCCACUCAUGUUUAGGCAGCCAUGUUGUUGAGACUUUAUGGGUGUAGCUCCUAUCCUAGGAGACACAGUCUCACAGCAAAUUCCCUACCUCCACAAUGAUCCUCAAGUCCUAGGUGCAGGAGGUGUGUUAGAGAGGUAUCAGGUGGAACUGGGUUCCACAACUCUAAAUUUUGAUCGGUUGUGGUUUUUUGCAGUGGACUCUGUCUGUUGCACAGAGAUGUUUCCUUGGUGAGAGGUGAGGAAUAUACUCACCCAGUUAGAGCCUGGAAAGGAUGUCCAGACCGUUGCUAAGCAACACAUCAUCUGUCCCCUCCCUAGAGCCACCAUCAGACUUAAUAGCCGUGACCAGCAUUGGGUUAUUGCUUCAUAAGCUCUCUCUUUUUUUUUUAAGGUUUAUUUAUUUUUAUGUACAUUGGUGUUCUGCCUACAUGUUUGUGUGAGUGUGGAAGAUCCUCUGUUACUGGGGUUACAGUAACCGCCAUGUGGGUGCUGGGAAUUGAACUCAGGGUGUCUUUAAGAGCAGCCUGUGCUCUCAACCACUGAAUCAUCUCUCCAGCCCACUUCAUAGCUUUACAAGUCACUUUUAUGUCAUUUAUUUAGUAUUAACAUAAAUCCUAUGCUGAAGCCUUUUCUUAUAAUUUUUCAUAACCCGUGUUGAAAGGGGCCUCCACAAUUAGUAUUUAAUCAUAAUAAGGAUCUCAUAUGGUUUCAGUAAUAAAAAUGGUGUUCAGCAUACUCCAUGGAUGACCCAAAAUAUAAUAAUGGCACUUUCCAUCUUUAGAAGAAAAAAGAGUUCCCACACAUUUGCUCAGGCAGAAAAGGGCAUUUUCUAAUGGUUCCCCACAUCUAAAGAGCCAGUGACCGACAGUAGUUUCAGUGUUCGCAGCAAGAAGCCCCUUGGCAGCAUGGACUCAGCUCUGUAGCUGUCGUUCCCAGCUUUGCCCAGUAUGUCUCUGCCUUCGCAGGGCUCCCCACUGCUAUAAUGCUCAGGCACAACAGUGCUUCUGGCUGGACACAACACCCUGUUCUGCGUCUACAGAGGUUGACGCAUGGAGAUAGAUAGCUUGCUUCUUAGGUGCUAUUGGGUUCAGUCAGUGUGGCGCCCCUGGGAUCUCGGAGAGCGGGAGUGUGCAGGUUGUGACUCAGUAUCCAUUUCUCUGGCCCACACUCACAUCACCACACUUUGCUCUAUCGAGGACCAACAUUCUUACUGGUGACCAGUAAUUAUGAUCUCCAAGACUAGCAAACAUUCUUUCCCUUGUCUAGGAAAUAGCUCAGUGGCUCCGUUAACUCUGGCUGGGGCACAGACCAUCCCUGUGCUUUUUCUGUCCACCCCUUUGUAAAUGAUUCAUUUUAUUGAACUUUCAUUUGCCCCGUUGGACAAUGCCAUCUGUUUCCUAACAGGACCUAGACUCUUGGAAGCCCACAGAAACAUAAAUGGCAAUGCUGGUCAUUCACCCUGUAGACAGUGGUCACCCAGACAUUGGAAAUCUGAAUUCAGAGAAAUGAUUAUAUACAGUCCCAGGUUACCUUCACUAUAACCACUAGUACAUUUGGAAUAUAGACCAGUCUAAUUAGAAACAGAUGUUUCCUUUAGAACAUAUCUAAUCUGCAAAGAAUAACCAUGUGACAUGAUGUGUUCACAACAUGGUGUUUACUAGAAGCAACCAUUAACUGUUUUUAUUCUCACCAUCAGAUGACAUCCCUGUGGUACCCCUACUCUACCUCACUGAGGGAGUCAUUCAUCUUUCAACACUUACAAUUCUUCAAAGCAUAUCCUUUUUAAAACCAAAUAAGGUAUAGAGACUCUGGGGUUGGUCAGCACGGUCCCAGGUCCAGGAUCCAUGAAUAGCAAUGCUGAGCUGCAGUCCCAGGUCCAGGACCCAUGAAUAGUGAUGGUUUUGGAGUCCUCUCUUGCAUCAAACCUCUGUUGCUGCAAUCUUCUGACUGUCAUCUCAGGACCUGGGUCACCCUCAUGGCACAAUGGCCAACCCUCAGGAGCACCUGAGCUGCUCCUCUUUGCCACACUUGCCCUUGACUGAGAACAAAACCUCUGGUGGACGAAAUGAGCUUGCAGCUAUGGGGAACCACCCUUCACCCAAGCUCCCUGAGGACCCUCAGGAGAGGGGGGCUAUACAGUCAGAGCUGAUGGAGAUCACAGGCAGCCCGAUCUCCACAACAGUGUUGACCAGUGUAAGCGAGGAUUCUAGGGGCCAGUUUGAGAACAGUGUUCUUCAGCUAAGGGAACAGGAUGAGUCAGAGAUGACCCUGUCUCUGGGGAACAGCAACACUGUGGAUGGAGAGAACACGAACGGACCAGAAGACAUCAAGAUUCAGUUCAGCAGGUCAGGCAGCGGCAGCGGCGGGUUUCUCGAAGGACUGUUUGGAUGUCUCAGGCCCGUGUGGAAUAUCAUUGGGAAGGCAUAUUCCACUGAUUACAAGCUGCAGCAGCAAGAUACUUGGGAAGUGCCAUUUGAGGAAAUCUCAGAGCUGCAAUGGCUGGGUAGUGGAGCCCAAGGAGCUGUCUUCCUGGGCAAAUUCCGAGCAGAGGAGGUGGCCAUCAAGAAGGUGAGAGAACAAAAUGAGACGGACAUCAAGCAUCUGAGGAAGCUGAAGCACCCUAACAUCAUCGCCUUCAAGGGUGUUUGCACUCAGGCCCCGUGCUACUGCAUCAUCAUGGAGUACUGUGCCCACGGACAGCUGUACGAGGUCCUGAGAGCUGGCCGGAAGAUCACGCCCCGGCUGCUUGUGGACUGGUCCACGGGAAUCGCCAGUGGAAUGAAUUAUCUCCAUCUCCACAAGAUUAUACACCGUGACCUCAAGUCGCCCAAUGUUUUAGUGACUCACACAGAUGCAGUGAAAAUUUCAGACUUUGGCACAUCUAAGGAACUCAGUGAUAAAAGCACCAAGAUGUCCUUCGCUGGCACCGUCGCGUGGAUGGCACCAGAGGUGAUCCGGAAUGAGCCUGUCUCGGAGAAGGUGGACAUAUGGUCAUUUGGUGUGGUACUUUGGGAGCUGCUGACAGGGGAGAUUCCCUACAAGGAUGUGGACUCUUCCGCCAUCAUUUGGGGUGUCGGCAGCAACAGCUUGCAUCUCCCAGUUCCUUCCACUUGCCCGGAUGGAUUCAAAAUCCUUAUGAAACAGACAUGGCAGAGUAAGCCUCGCAACCGACCUUCUUUCAGGCAGACGCUCAUGCAUCUGGAUAUCGCGUCUGCAGAUGUGCUCGCCACCCCUCAAGAAACUUACUUCAAGUCUCAGGCUGAAUGGAGAGAAGAAGUGAAGAAACAUUUUGAGAAAAUCAAAAGUGAAGGGACCUGUAUACACCGAUUAGAUGAAGAACUGAUUCGCCGGCGCAGGGAGGAGCUCAGGCAUGCUCUGGAUAUUCGGGAGCACUACGAGAGAAAGCUCGAACGGGCUAACAAUCUGUACAUGGAGCUGAGCGCCAUCAUGCUGCAGCUGGAGAUGCGCGAGAAGGAGCUCCUUAAGCGAGAGCAAGCAGUGGAAAAGAAGUACCCUGGAACCUACAAACGACACCCUGUCCGUCCAAUCAUCCACCCGAAUGCCAUGGAGAAACUCAUGAAAAGGAAGGGUGUGCCUCACAAGGCUGGGGUGCAGACUAAGCGGCCAGACCUGUUGCGAUCCGAAGGCAUUCCUAGUACAGAAGCGGUUCCCACUGCAUCCCCCCUGUCUGGAAGUCCCAAAAUGUCCACCGCAAGCAGCAGAAGCCGGUACCGAAGCAAACCACGUCACCGCCGAGGGAACAGUAGAGGCAGCCAUAGCGACUUCGCAGCAAUCUUGAAAACCCAGCCCGCCCAGGAAAAUUCACCCCACCCCACCUACAUGCACCACACUCAGGCUCAGUGCGCUUCAGUCCAUCAACAUAACCCUCUCCAGCAGCAAUACCAGCAAAUUCCUCCUGCCCAGCCUCAGAGCCGGCAUCCCAGACUCAAUGCGCAUGGGCAGGACAUUGCAACCUGCGCCAAUAACCUGAGGUACUUUGGCCCCGCAGCGGCCCUGCGGAGUCCACUCAGCAACCAUGCACAAAGACAGAUGCCUGGCUCAAGCCCCGACCUCAUCUCCACAGCCAUGGCUGCAGAUUGGAGAAAUUCUGAACUUGAUCAAGACCAAGUUGGACCCUGGGGCUGUUGUCAGGCUGAACCCUAUGAUCCCUGUUUCCAGUGCAGGCCAGAACAUUCUGGGUCUUUAGAUGUUCCCACUACUGAGCCAGUGGGGAGGAGCCCAGACCUUUCCAGUUCACCAGCACACAAUCCUCUUUCAGGAAAUGCCCAAGGCUCUGAGAGAACAGGGGCAAAUGGAUUCAGUGGCUGUCAGUCUGGUAUUUCUCAUCAAUUCACACCCCCAAUGCUACCUCAGAAGACACGGCCCCUUCAGAAGAGUGGCGAUGACUCCUCAGAAGAGGAAGGGGAAGUGGACAGUGAAGUAGAAUUUCCUCGACGACAGAGGCCUCACCGCUGCAUUAGCAGUUACCAGUCAUACUCAACCUUUAGCUCCGAGAACUUCUCUGUGUCUGAUGGAGAGGAGGGCAACACUAGUGACCACUCGAACAGUCCCGAUGAAUCCGCCAACAGACGGCAGGACCGCCUGGCAGAGACGCUGGACGACCUGCUGUCUCAGACACCCGAGGCCCCCAUCGAGAUCUCCUCCCACUCAGAUGGGCUGUCUGACAAGGAGUGUGCUGUUCGGCGCGUGAAGACACAGAUGUCCCUAGGCAAGCUGUGUGCCGAGGAGCGCGGCUACGAGAACCCUGUGCAGUUUGGAGACUCGGACUGUGACUCUUCAGAGGGAGAGUGUUCCGAUGCCACAGUUAGGACCAGCAAGAACUACAGCUCUGCCACCUGGUGACAAGGGCUCUGACUCCUCUCCAGCAAUAGACUCCUCCCACCUUCAUCUGUCUGGGAGGAGUGGCCCUGUCCCAGAAACAAGCCACAGUGACAGGAACAUGAGACUUGUCAAAUCUCUGGGAAAUACCCAAAUGAAACUACGUCUCACUGAGCAUUUCAAUCAAGAAUGGCAGGGAUCUAUUGUACUGAAUACUCCGGCUACUGUAACAUUGAUUUUAUUUAUUUUUGUUGGACAUUUUAACACUUUAUAUUGUAAAGAGUGAACUAUAUAUGAUGCAGACACAAUAAUUUCUUUACAAAAAAAUUUAAGGAAAUGUUGCUCUUUAGGAACAACAUUUGGAAUUUGUGGGGCCAGGUGUCACUGUCACUUGAACACAGGACUGGAUCUUUCGUCCAUGCUUGAAGAGUUUGUAAGGAGACAUGUUGAACAUUGAAAACACAAGCCAAAGGAAGCGCAGCCACAUUAAGGUCGACUGGCUCGUCCAUGUGAAGGAUGGAGACGACCUGGAAGUUGAGUGAUCUCAUAGCACCAAUGCCUUGGAAGGGCAUGUGCUUCCUCUAGGAGGAAGAGCCACACAGAGCUGUCACUGCACAUCUGGAAGCCAUUUCGUUUCGUGAACGUUAAGCAGAACCUGGUGGUCAGAGCUUUAGCAGCAUCAGGUCCCGCCCUCAGCACAUGCUUCCCAUUCAGUGCCGCCAUUUCCCCACCCCUGACCAGCGUGCUCUUCUAGACGCAGUGCCAUUUCUUCCAAGUAGCUUCCUUUCUUUCCGCCUGUUGGCCACUGCUUCUAGGAAGGAGAAAGGGUCCGGAAGGAGACAAAGGGGGAAGAUGGAAAGAGCAUCUGUGACACAAGCCUGUAAAACUUCCUUCUCAAGGUGGCUCUGUUCAGCUAUCUAAGCAAGACGGUGUGACCCUCUCUGACCAGGUUGUCUACCUCCUGGAACCACACUGAUUCACACAGAAGGCAGCUAGGAUGUGCGCACCCAGUGUCCAUCCCAAACCAUCUUUAUUUUGUUCAUGAUCUCAUUCUAGCUCGGAAGCUUUGGUGGCUGUCUGUCAAUCACUGUAGCAUAAAAGGCUAAGUUAGCAGCUCGUAAAAGGUGACCCCACCACCACCACAUUUUUGCUAAAUGCUAUCUGUAAAAUACGGUAGGUUUUUUUGUUUGUUUGUUUCUUUGUUUUCUGUUUUUUGUUUUCAUUCUGAGUCACUGCAGUUUUGUCUAGUUGGGUCAGGAAACGUGUAGAAGGAACAGCUGAUGCUAAGCAGGAAUUAGAAUUACUUUAGUUUCCCCAAAGCAUGCGACUCUUCCUGUGUCUAGAGUUCUGGGCUGUGAAAGGUACCCUGAGGUGCUUUGUAGAGCCUUGGUUCGAAGCAGGAAAUGUCUCACAGUCCCCUGAGGGCUGGGUCACAGGUGGGCACCACCAUGCCUGGCUUAAAGAUGUUUCAUCUAGACUUUAUGUAUACGCACGUUGGCCCGAUUCCUGUCUCUGGUGCAGGCUUCUGCCAAGCAUUGACCUGCACUGGCUGUAUUCUGAUGUUGCAUCCUGUGAGGAUGUUAGGUAUUAAGACAUUCCAACCCCAGUGGAAAUAGUGUCCAUGGGCUGGGUGUCACUCACUGACUGCGUCAGCCAAAAUGAAGUGCAGGAGGGACUCAGAGCAGUCUUAACGUUUGAUCCCUCCUUUGUUUACACUUUAUGUUGAGACAUUGAUUUUAAAAUUCAGUCUCUAAUUUUUAGCUUAUAGGAAAGAUGAAGGAACUUGUACUAAGAAAGCAGUAUUGUUUUGUUAAAUUAUUCCAUUUUCUAUGAACUGUAGCAGGACUACACAGAAGAGCUUAAGUUAUGGCAUUAUUAUUCUUGUUUUUAUUUUAUAUUGUCAUAAUUUUCUGUUGACCAGAAGGUGUGGCUGACGAUGUAGCACAACGGCUGUUUAUUGCUAACCGUGAAUUAUUAUGGACUUCUGUGGUCCUAAGUGAAGGCUGGGGAUGGAGCUGCCUUUUGUCACUCCCAGCAUUCCUCAGUGUUUUCCCUGGUCUCCUGACUACUGUAGCAAUGGUCUGAGGAGGUGUGCUCUGCUCUGACACCCAACGGGUACACUGUGAUUCUUUUUUACUUGAUUGUAAAAGCUCCUGAAUAUGCAGGUGACCAAGUAGUUUAAAGGCUUCAAAAGUUAUAAACUUUCUAAAGUGUUAGAAUAAAAUCAUGGGACUGUAAGAGAGGCAAAAAGAGAUUGAACGGUCCAGACGGCAAGACAGAGUGUUUCUGUGAGGACUCAUGAGGUAGUUUCAAGAGUGGACAGCAAACCGGGUCAUCAUCUCCUUCUUGCUGAGUCCCACGGAUUGGGAGAAGCAGAGAGACUAACAGAGACAUGUACAACACCAGCAGGAUGUGCUUCUGUGACUGCCUCAGGUCCCUCGUUCCUGUCCCACACAAAGCGGGAGCAGCUGUCUGUCCCGUGCACACCAUUAGUGACAACAGUGAGCUCUGAAGAGCAGCUUCUGCCCGCACCUCCCAGAAAACCCACCCAGUACCUCAGCCUUCAUCAGCAUUCUGCAUUCCCACCCUGCCUGUGUGACACCCCAAGGCCACCUUAACUGGAUUCACCGUUAUGGGAUGCCACGCUAUGCCAGGGAUGUGCUGUUGAUUCCAGUCAUUUGCUAUAGCAUCAAGAUGGGAGUGAAGUCCACAUUUCUGUAGUAGAAUUAACGAGGUUUCAGGAAAGGAAAAAAAAAAAGGUCCUAAGCAAGGUUAAAAGGGAAGAACGUUCCCUACUCCACCUGCCUUGUAGGAUUCAGGAAACUCAACUGACUGUGUUUCCUUGAAAACAUUAUAGUCAUCAGAAGGGCCUCAAGUGGAGAGAUCGGGGAACAUGAGAGUUCAAUUCUUCAGUGCUGUUAGAUGCCACCAUGCUUUGGUGCUUUGAAGAUCCUUGCCAGACCAAUUUCAAGCUUCAGGACAUACUGCGAGAUGAAUGGCUACAUUCUUUGUCCAGCUUUUUUUUUUUUUUUUGACUGAUGAGUCUCAUUUUCUACUGCAAUCAAGCACUAGAUUUUUCUUUUUUCUAGAUUAUGUCCCUAAGUAAAAAUCCCUCUUAAAAUAAUAGCCUAGCACAGUAAUGGAGAAGCCUGUGUGCACUUUAAAACAUACCCCACCACCACUAAGUUGAGAGCUAGCUGCAGGACUGGGGGAGAUUCUGCCCAUGACAGGGAAGAUGACUUGGGUGGUCUGGUUGAAGAUUGAGUAUUUUAAGUCUUUAGUUCCACCAAGUUAAUCCUGGAAUUAAAGUCAUUUUGAGUCAGUACUGUCUAGUGAUUAUUCAGGGCCAUUGUGCUAAAUUAUUCCCCCAAGCUGCUCUGAGUGAUGGAGACAAUGGCGCUGGAGUCCCUGUUACUAACGCAGGCUUGUCAGUGCUCCCACAAGGUAGCCCCGACAUCGUCCCCUUGCUCCCCAUGAGGUAGCCCUGACAUCAUCGUCUCUGUGAGCAUGUGUUCCUGUUGAUCCAGUGGUUUACUGGUUUUCUUUUUCUUAUGCCCUUACGUCUCAGAUGUUUGCAAUUAUAUGAGAAUUGCAUACCCGUAAAUGACGAGCUAUGAUUAUAUUCAGUCCAUGCCCCUCUAUAUCCCACCUAAACCACCCUCCUCCCAAGCCCAGGCUUUUGGGUUGUUGUUUUGGUAAUCCACUAAACCCAGUUAGUGCCACCCAGGUAUGCGUAUGGCCAUCCACUGGAGCAAGGGACACAAACAGCGGAUCGUUUCUACAAAAGCGUGAUUCUCCUCCCUCCAUAGCUGUCAACUGCCAGUAACUCCUCAGUAAGAAUAGGGCCGAGAGAUCUCCUUCCCACGUCAAAUUCUCUUUUUAGAAAACAUUUCUAUCUGGGUGUGGUGGCACAUACCUUUAAUCCUAGCUCUGGGAGAGACAGGGACAGGCAAACUCUGUGACUUCAAGGCUAGCCUGGCCUACAUACAAGCCAGGCAGAGUGACUUGGUGAGACCCUUUCUCGAUGAUGAUGAUGAUGAUAUCUAAGAGAUUCCUGCCCUCCCCCACGUGUACCAUGUUUAUUUCUCGAAACCAAGAAACCAUAUUCCACCAUGCUCCACCUCUACCCUAAACAUCAUGGCCUCCAUCUGAGCACCAUAUGCCUCAGAGCAGAGCAGCGUUCACGACUGACUGGAACUGGUGUGCAAAGUACGCAUUGACCAUUUAAGAUCUUGAGUUCCCUGAUGGGCAAGUACAGGGCCAUGCUAGGGGUCUCCUUAUGGAUCCCCAAGGCUAGCAGGGGUAUACCAUGACAGGCAAAGGGCCACUUGCCUUUACUCUGUCCCUUCGGACUGCAAUCCAAUUAACUAACCACCAAUCGCGUUUCUUUACCCUCACUGAGCUGUACCGCGAAUGAGCACACACUUCCCCAUCUGCACAGAAGGUUCAGGUGUGCGGUCUAUUACCUGUUUCCUCCCGAGAUGAUGUGAAAAAUGAUGUGAUAUUUUUUAUCAAGACUUUUCUUCAACUGUCAGUGUGGAUUCUGUGCCUUUCCAGUCAGCAAGUUUUUUCUUUGCUGAUGCCAUAGAACAAACGUCCCAAUCUGCUCGCCUCCCUCUAGACUGGCCCACUGGAUCCAUACAUUUGCUUAUCUGCUCCGAUCAAUUGAUACUGCAAAAGCUGUUUAAACAAGAAUGAGCUGGAGUGGAGGGUGAGGUGGCACCUAGAACAUUUCUCAGGGACGGGUGACUCAAGAGAGUAGCUCUCAGAAAUGAAGAAACUGGGUGAGGCUUUGGGCAGCAUCACGUGGUAACAGUGUGAUGGAAGGAUUUCAACCAGUGCCACACCCGCAGAUGGCAAGGCCACUGUAAGGAAGCUUCCAGCAGAAUCAAAGCCCUACUUCCAAGGGCCACUGUACAGCUCUGGGGGUGGAUCAGCUAGGCUGCUGUCUGGUGAUCAUGGUCCUUCCAUGGCUACAAGCUAGAGGGCCCAGCCACAUGUGAGGGGUUUCGGGUGUAUCAUGAUCACCCCACCCCAGUGGCUGUCCACAUCUAGAGUUCCACUUCCCGAGGAUGUGGAAACCCUUUGAGUCUUCUCUCUCUCUCUCUCUCUCUCUCUCUCUCUCUCUCUCUGUGUGUGUGUGUGUGUGUGUGUGUGUGUGUGUGUAUCUGUCUGUCUGUCUGUUUGUCUCUCUCUGUCUGUCUCUGUCUCUCUCAGUAAUGUGAGUUUCUAUUGAUUUAGAGCAAACGAAUCUCUUUCUAAUACUUGCGUCUCUCUCCCAUGGUCUCAGCUCCCAGGCCCCCCACUCCACGUCAUUUUCAGAUACUGGCUCUGGCUUUGUACGGAACAGCAAUGGGAACAAGAAUGAUUAUGAAAACAAACCAAUGCAUGAAAUUAAACAAAGAGUAUACCUUC